AUGACAAAACCCAAGCUGGACGCCGGCAACAAGGGCCACGACCACUACGCCCAGCAGCUUCCCAAAUGGCGCAAUGCCCUGCGCAACCGCCUCAUCCCCAUUGUGCGCUGGGAGACGCCGUGGCUGGCCUUACUGCAGGAUAAGCUGCGCUCGCCCUUCCUCGACUCCUACUUUGCCUAUACCGCAAACCUCGGCACCCACACCUUCUUCAUGGUCUUCCUGCCCAUCCAGUUCUGGUGUGGCUACACCAGUGUCGGCCGAGCGACUGUCUUCAUGCUUGCCGCGGGUGUCUACAGCACCGGCUUCCUCAAGGACCUGCUCUGCCUCCCCCGCCCCCUCUCACCUCCUCUCGCCCGUAUCUCCAUGUCAGGCUCGGCUGCGCUCGAAUACGGCUUCCCCUCGUCGCACUCUGCCAAUGCCGUCUCCGUGGCUUUUUAUGCCAUCUACACGUUGCGCCAGUCGGCCCAGCAGGACAACGCUAACCUCAAGAUGGGCCUCCAGGCCCUUUUCUACUUUUACGCACUGUCCAUCAUAGCCGGCCGCCUCUACUGCGGCAUGCACGGAUUCCUCGACGUCAUAGUAGGUAGUGUUAUGGGGGCCCUCAUCACCACCUUCCAGCUCGUCUACGGCGACUGGAUGGACUCGUGGGUCUUUAGUGGCAGCACACUGCACAUUUUCAUCGCGACAUUGGUAGUCUGUGUUCUCGUCCGCGUCCAUCCGGAGCCCGCCGACGACUGCCCCUGCUACGACGAUAGCGUCUCAUUCGCUGGCGUCGUUAUCGGCAUAAACCUUGGUGCCUGGCACUAUGCCCAAACGGGCUAUGCCCUGCAAGACGCAUAUCCCUCCUCGGUCCCCUUCGACUUGCACGAGAUGGGCUUGCUCAAAGCAACCAUUCGAAUCCUCUUGGGCGUCGUUGUCAUCUUUGUCUGGAGAGCAACCAUGAAGCCUGCCCUGUUCACCAUACUACCUCCAAUCUUCCGUCUGCUUGAACAGGCUCGCUGGAACAUGCCUCGCGCAUUCUUCCUGAAUGCGUCCAAGUACAGUUCGAUUAAACCUUUUGCAGAUGACGAUAAUGUCAUUCCGCCUGCAUCUGAGCUGCCGCACAUGUUGAAGAAUCUCGCUCAACCACGCAAGCGAUCCGUCUCGGUUGGCCCUCAAUCCGCUGCAGAUGCAUAUGAGACGCUUGCGUAUCGCAACCGCAGGCGCCGUGAAAGCGUAAACUCGAUAGACGGUGCUGUUCCAGAGAAUUCGGCAUGGGUACCAAGCCCAGCGAUGCCCGACACACCCAAUGCAGAGAAAUCGGACCCCCUCCUUGGUGCACGUCUGCUGCCAACGCCAAUGGCAUCUCGCGUCCAUUCGUACGAACAGAUGAUGGGCACGGGUAAGGUGCAACUGCCCGAUACCAAUACAUUGACACCACCAGAGAGUGAUACAGAUACUGCAAGCGGUAUCUGCAAAACCGUACACGAGCCAUCUGAAGAGGAGAAUGAGAAGCGCGAGAUUUUCAUGAUGCUUACGAAGCCACGAGUUCGCUACGACGUCGAAGUUGUAACAAAGCUGAUCGUCUAUACUGGUAUUGCGUAUAUAGCUGUUGCAGGAAACCCUAUAUUAUUUGAGUUUUUGGGAUUGGGUAUGGGCAACAAAGCGUAAUUGACCAGGAUUUUAAGUUUCGUUUUACACUUUUGUAAACAUAUUUCUAGCAUAUUUCACUGCUCCUAGAUGGAUGCACUUAAUACACUUAUCGUUA